AUGUCAAUUAUAAAUGAUUUAUCAUUUCGAUCAUCGAUCGAUAAUGACAGUGGACACUACCAAAAUAUUCCUGACAAAUAUUCACUUUACUCCUUACCUGAUUCUUUGAUUAUUCAACCAUUGGGACCUAAUGGCAAGGAAUUUAUUGCUAUUGAUCGAGCACAUGAAACUAUUCAACUACAUAAUACUUCACCAAACGUUAAUGGAGCUAGAGUAAUAUCUAUUGAUGGAAUCAUAGGAAUAAUUAAUUUAAUAUCUGGUCCAUAUUUAAUCGUUAUUACAUCUAAAAUACAUGUUGGUGACAUAAAUGGACAUGAAAUUUAUAGAGUCAAAACAACUGAAAUCAUUCCCUAUGCACGAAAUACGUCACAUUUAAAUGAAUAUCAACUGAAAUACAAUGAAAAAUAUUUAUCUAUGCUUGCAGUUGUUUUACACACUGAAUCUUUUUACUUUUCUUAUACAUACGAUCUAACACAUACAUUACAAAGACUUCAAACAUCAUCACCUAAUUUUCAUUCAACACCAUUUAUUGAACGUGCUGAUGAUCGUUUUGUUUGGAAUCAUUAUUUACUUCGGCAAUUUUCGAAUAAUCGUUCUAUUAUUCGAUUUGCUUUACCACUUAUUCAUGGAUUUAUUGCCAUAAGUAAACUUGAUAUUAAUGAAAAUUCAUUUACUUAUGGUGUUAUUUCACGAAGAAGUACUUAUCGAGCAGGAACAAGAUUAUUUAUUCGUGGUAUUGAUAAUGAUGGUAAAGUUGCAAAUUUUGUUGAAACAGAACAAAUUCUUCAAUUAGAUGAUGUUGCUUGUUCUUACGUACAGACACGUGGUUCAGUGCCUUGUUUUUGGUCACAACUACCUAAUCUUCAUUAUAAACCUAAAGUUACAGUGACACCGUCGAGUAAUCAUAUGACUGCUUUUCGUAAACAUUUUGAAGAACAAGAAUGCUAUUAUGGAAGACAAUUCUGUAUAAGCCUUACAAAUCAUCACGGAGCAGAAGGAAGAUUGAAUGCAAAAUAUCGUGAACUAUAUGAAACAAGUGAAAAUUCUUAUCUUAAAUUUGAAGAUUUCGAUUUUCACAAAGAAUGUGCCGGUAUGCGUUAUGAUCGUUUAUCGAUUCUUCUAGCUCGUAUCAUAGCUGACCAAGACGAUUAUAAAUAUUUUGCUUUUGCGAAAGAUGGUACUGUACAAACUCAACAAACUGGUGUAUUUCGUACGAAUUGUAUCGAUUGUCUUGAUCGAACAAAUGUUGUACAAACAUUAUUAGCUAAACGAAUGUUAGAACAACAAUUACAACGUUAUAAUAUUAUUAAAUAUAAUGAAACGAUCGAUUCCUACGAACAUCUAAGUCAUCAUUUUAAAAAUAUUUGGGCGGAUAAUGCGGAUACGAUUAGUCUUGAAUAUGCUGGUACCGGUGCAUUAAAAACAGAUUAUACAAGAACUGGUAAGCGAUCAACCAUGGGUCUACUCCAAGAUGGCUAUAAUUCAUUAAUGCGCUAUGUAUUUAAUAAUUUCUAUGAUGGCUUUAGACAAGAUGGUAUUGAUCUUUUUUUGGGUAAUUAUCAAAUAUCAUCCGAAGAAGGUCGUACGCCAGAAUCAUGUCCGAUCAAUAAAGAAAUAAGUAGAAAAUAUUUGGUAUUACCUGUUACAAUACUUAUUGCUUUUUCCAUGUGUGUUAUUAAUGUAUUAAUACCGGCUCCAUCGUUUCGUGAACAAGUUAUUCGUAUUCUAUUUUGGGGAUUAUUAAUAAUAUCAACAUUCGCAUAUACAUUUAUUUCAAAACAUAAAUUAGUUGACGUACCCCGGCUGUAUGCUCACGUGAAAUCUAGUUCUUCAUAA